UUACCUUCAUAUUUUGUGAUGGUAAGAAAGUCGUUUUGACAACCGCGAAGGUAUUGUUAUGUAGAGAACUGAGAAGUAUCUGAUAGCAUAUUUUGCUGUCUGAAACAUCGAAUACAGUAAAAACCGGAGCCUAAUAUUCAAGUUGCAGCAUAAUUUCGAUAUCCAUAAAGAGCAGCUAUCGGCUUUUAGUUAGUUCAAGUGAUUCUAUUGUUAAGCUUUUAUUUACACAAAAUGGAUUUGCUAGGACAUACAGAAGAGAAGAGAAAAGUACCAGAUAUGUUGCAGAAGAUAUUGCAAUAUGAUGUACAGGUUACAAAAAAGAUUGUUGAAUUAUCUCAAAAUGUCACAGCAUUAAGGUCACUUCGCAUUCAUUCAAAGUUUUUAGAGGUAUCAUGUCAUGGAAUUGUUUGGUUGGCUGGAUGGCUUACUUUUAUUUGGUUGUUCAACAACAAAGAUCUAUAUCAGCUACAGGUUAACACGUUGUUCGCUUUAAUAUUGGAUAUAGUAAUAGUAGCAGUAACCAAAGCUUUUGUGAGAAGACGUCGUCCUAUACCGAUGAGUAAGCUAAUACCAGGCAACCCUGACAAGUAUUCAUUUCCGUCUGGUCAUGCGAGUAGAGCCGCUUUGGUUGCUUUUAUCCUAAUUUACUGUGAUCCGAUCUCUAUGAUAUUCUUCCCUCCCCUACUGGCAUGGGUUGGAGCUGUGGCUAUCUCGAGGGUGCUUGCCGAGAGGCACUAUAUUCUGGAUGUGUUAGCCGGGCUUGGUAUUGGUGUUCUAGAAGGUUUGAUCAUAUCGGUUGUAUGGUUUUCUCAAAGUACAGCAGCUGGUAUUUUAACUUCUUUAUCAGAUGAAAAAGUGGAUGGAGGAGAGUAUCAUGUUUGAACAAAUUUAUUUGAAAGAAGUACUAUGUAUAAAAUGCAUAAGUAACUAUUGUGUAAUUUAGUUUUGUGUUCUUAUAAUUGUAUUGUUUUUGUAGUUUACUUUAAAAUAUAUUGAUUACUAAUAAUAUAUUUAUAUAUUUACUUAUGUUAUAAACAAUAAAGUGAGAAAUAAAUAAUAUAAAUUAAUAUAA